AGACACUCCUCGUUCCCAGGGACGGCUCCCGCGCCUUGCUCUCUCUGCUCCCCGCUCUCCCCGCUCCCUUCUUCUGGCGCAUGGAGACCCCAGGGGUCCAAGAAGGCGCGGAGGCAUCCAGCGAGCUGAGUCGCGCUCGCAGCCGCCAAGGCGUAGCCAGACCCCCGAAGCACUUGUGGCGUCAGCCCCGGCGCCCCAUCCGCAUCCAGCAACGCUUCUACUCGGACCCGGACAAGUCCGUGGGCCGCAGCGAGACAGACCGCAGCCCGCGGCCGGGGCUCGAGAAGUCGCGGCGCUCCUGGCCCACCUCCUACAGGCGCUUUGACCUGGAAAAUGGACUCUCAUGUGGAAGGAGCACCCUGGACCCUCAGGCUGGGCCUGGCCUUGGCCGGGUCAUCCAGGCUUCUGCUCAGCACAGCCAGAGGCGAGAAUCCUUCCUGUACCGCUCUGACAGCGACUACGAACUCUCGCCCAAGGCCAUGUCUCGGAACUCCUCUGUGGCUAGCGAUCUACACGGAGAAGACAUGAUUGUGACGCCCUUCGCCCAGGUCCUAGCCAGUUUGAGGACCGUUCGGAGCAAUGUCGCAGCCCUGGCGCACCUGCAAGGCCGCGGGGCAGCCAAGCAGGCAUCGGUGGAGAACCCCCUAUUUGGCAGUCAGCCCCCUCCACCUACAGAGGACACUGGGCAGAAGCUGGCUUUGGAGACACUGGACGAGCUGGACUGGUGUCUGGAUCAGCUGGAGACACUGCAGACACGGCACUCAGUGGGGGAAAUGGCCUCUAACAAGUUCAAGCGGAUGCUGAACCGGGAGUUAACUCACCUGUCUGAAACCAGCCGGUCUGGGAACCAGGUGUCUGAGUACAUCUCCCAAACCUUCCUGGACCAGCAGACUGAGAUGGAGUUGCCCAGGGUGACCCCCAUGGAGACCCCAAGGCCCAUGUCCCAGAUCAGCGGCCUGCGUGGGCUCCCCCACAGUGCCAGCCUCUCUGCAGCCACCAUCCCACGCUUUGGGGUCCAGACUGACCAGGAGGGGCAGCUGGCCAAGGAAUUGGAAGACACCAACAAGUGGGGCCUUGAUGUGUUCAAGGUGGCAGAGCUAAGUGGGAACCGGCCCCUCACAACCAUCAUAUUCAGCAUCUUUCAGGAACGGGACCUGCUCAAGACAUUUCAGAUCCCAGCAGACACACUUGCCACCUACCUUCUGAUGUUGGAGAGUCACUAUCAUGCAGAUGUGGCCUACCACAACAGCCUACACGCCGCUGAUGUGGCUCAGUCCACGCACGUGCUGCUGGCCACACCUGCCCUCGAGGCCGUUUUCACAGACCUGGAAGUCCUGGCUGCCGUCUUUGCAAGUGCCAUCCAUGAUGUGGACCAUCCUGGGGUCUCCAACCAGUUUCUCAUCAACACCAACUCAGAGCUUGCACUAAUGUACAAUGAUGCCUCUGUGCUGGAGAACCACCACCUGGCCGUGGGCUUCAAGCUGCUGCAGGCAGAGAACUGCGACAUCUUCCAGAACCUCAGUGCCAAGCAGCGACAGAGUCUGCGCAGGAUGGUCAUCGACAUGGUACUGGCCACAGACAUGUCCAAACACAUGAACCUCCUGGCCGACCUCAAAACCAUGGUGGAGACCAAGAAGGUGACUAGCCUUGGAGUCCUGCUGUUGGACAACUACUCCGACCGCAUCCAGGUCUUGCAGAACCUGGUGCACUGUGCGGACCUCAGCAACCCCACCAAGCCGCUGGAGCUGUACCGCCGGUGGACGGACCGCAUCAUGGCCGAGUUCUUCCAGCAGGGUGACCGGGAGCGUGAAUCAGGCCUGGAUAUCAGCCCCAUGUGCGAUAAGCACACCGCCUCGGUGGAGAAGUCCCAGGUGGGUUUCAUUGACUACAUUGCACACCCACUGUGGGAGACGUGGGCUGAUCUGGUGCACCCAGAUGCCCAGGACCUGCUGGACACGCUGGAGGACAACCGUGAGUGGUACCAGAGCAAGAUUCCCCGAAGUCCUGUGGAUCUCACCAGCCCUCAGCAGGACAGCCCUGACAGGUUCCACUUUGAGCUGACCCUGGAGGAGGCGGAAGAAGAGGAGGAGGAGGAAGGAGCUUUGGACACAGAGGUCUCGGAGUCACCUGACACUGAGCUCCUGGCCCCGGAAGCCAGCCUGGACCGUGGCUCCCCACUCCUGGACAACCAGAGGACUGGGGGCAAGCCCUGUGUGGACCAUGAGGCCAACGUGAUGGCUGAGCCCUUUGGCACCUAAUGGCUUUCAGUGGGUGGGUGGGUCUUCCAGAAGGAGGUUCCGGUGGCCCUUGCCUUGCCUCCCCCCACCCCCUUCCUCCUCAUUGAAGGAGACAAACAAGCUUUUAGUUAUAAGCAGACCGUGGGGUCAAAUUGGAGGCACUUGGCCAGGGUCCAGUCUGACCCUGGGCUUUUCCAAGAAAGCUCUCCAAGGGGCUGGGCUGGGGGCAGCCUCGUCCAGCGCCCUUGGGAUCUCCCUCCUGGGUUUCCACCCCUGGUGUGGAAAGAGGAUGUCUCCCAGACCCCUUGCCCGCCUUCUCCAGUGCUCAUCCUAGAGGCACAUCCAUCGCUUUAUUUUUAUUCUUUCACUCUUGAUCACAUAUUUAUUGGGCACCCACUAUGUGCCAGGCUCGUACCUGCUGUGUGCUUCUAGGGUUGCCCCACAGAAGGGGGUGGCAAGUCAGCCCCCAGGAGACAUGCCCCCUGCAGGUGCCUCUCCUUCAUCUGCCAGGCAGCCCCAUGCAAGAGAAGGGAAACUCUAAUGGGAGAAUUUUUAGCAUCAAAACGUCCAGACGCAAUUCUGGCUCAGGAGCUGCAGUGAGGAGCAAUAAGAGGCAGGAAAGACACUGUGUCGGCGCCUGUUUCUGAAGACUGACUUAGCUUGUGGCCUCCUGUGUACUUGCUGCUUUAAGUCACUGUAGUUUCAGUCUUGGGGUCUCUGGGUUCUGUUCUCCUUAGCCCCAGGACCCUCCUGCUGGGUCCGACCCCCCACUUUCUCCCUCUUACAGACCAGCAACAAAAGCACAGCAUUCUUGCCUCUCCCCUCAUCUGUUUCUAAGGCUCCCGAUAGGGGGAAGGAGGCUCUGAGGCUUUCUUUCCAGUCCUAGCCCCUUCUGGGCCUCAGUGUCUCCUCUACGGCCUGAUCCUAGUACUUGGGUCAACUUUGGUUGGAGGGUGACCUUUCUGAAAUAUCUUAGAAAUGUGAGGGCAUUGAACAUGUCUCUGGGGUUAAAUAAACCCUAUUACCGAAAAUUAAUACCAUCCCCACCUCAGGGAUGGGGAAACUGAGAUGCAAAUAGGUCCUGUUGCCUGCUCCAGGCUAUGCCCCUGGGAGCAGGAGGUUAGCCAGCGGCGCCCCCUGGCGGAGGGAGGCGGGGUGAACCCCAGGAUUCUCCUUGACUUCCCGACUGUUUCUCAGGCUCCUGGCCUGGUGGAGCUCUUGCUGAAGGGGCCUGUCUCGCUGGCAGCAAAAGAGGCGUCUCUGCUUAAGUAUUAGGUUUUAUUCCAGCCUCCAGAAGCCUCAGUCUCCCGCGCCCCCGCCUCUGAAGAAUUAUAACAGGACACAAGUCAUCCAGAAGCCUCUGGCUUCAAGAACAGCUGGCUUCAUUCCUGAAUAAUUCCAUUGAUAAUUCCAUUCCACUGAUAAUUCAUGAUCAUCACAAGUAACAAUCAAAUUCCACAGAAGGAGAAUUAAAAUUCGUCUGGGUCACAAA